GACAACAAUGAACCAAACAAAACAAAAGUUGGAAGCUGAAGAGCAGACGGCGUAGUUGACAUUGAACCUAUGCAGCAACAUCAGCAAGGACUGAACUGAAAACUUUCGAACGAAGGGAGCUACCGUCGCCACACACGGUUUGCGAGUGGCGACGCCAAGGGCACUGGCUUCCAUGACGGCGCAGAUAACGCGAUAUUGCACGACUUAUAGAUGGACAUGACACUCGGACCUGCACCGACUCCACCAAACGCAUCCACCGUGCUCCCCGUCGGAAUUCUAAAUCACAGCGAUGUUCAAAAACUCCGUGGCACUCUGGAACCUGCUGGGACUCCGACGGUGCCUGCAGUACCGACCGGUGUCGUCCGACGUCGCGAGACCGAUCACCUGGAACGAUGUGUCCACGGCACUGCGACCUUUUUAUUUCAUCGUCCAUCCUGACAAGUUCUGGAACCACCCGCGCGAAAAGCAGGCCAACGAACACUCGUUGAAGCAGCUGAACGCCUACAUCGAUGCCCUGCUGAACCAGAAGAAAACCGGCCCGCUCAGCCUGAACUUCUACGUCCGCCAGUCCAAGAGCGCACCUAGGCAAGAGUUCCGAAACGUCCAGAUCCGACUCUCGAGCCAGAACGUUCGCGCGACCGUCCACGAAGUGCUCACGUCCUGCAGCCUCGCCACGACGGAUCUGGGCCGGCUGUCGUCUGCGACGGACGAGCAGACGACAGGCAGGCCUCCGCGAGCAGACGACUCUUCCAACAUAUCUUCCUUCGCGGACGCCGUGCUCCGGCGCGCGCCCAGGAGCGCGCGCGACAUCGAACGUGACGCCUCGCACGGACACUGGACGGUCGGCGGGCGCCGCGUCCUCGACUUCGAGAGGUUCUUGCGCGAGAGCGGACCUGUGGCUCGCGAGCGGUCGGCCCAGAGCGCCCCGAUUCGCGAGGAGACGGUCCGGCUGUCCUGCGAGCUGGUGACCACGCUGCAACUGGCCGGCAUCCGCUGGGAGUGCGGCUGGGGCGCCGGACACCACCGAGGCUGCCUUGAGAGCUUCCGGCGGCUCGUUCAGCAACACCCCGAAGCCGCCGAAGCGCUUCGGGGUCGCACCGUGGUGCUGGGCCGCACGACGGGAGUCUCCCUGGACGGCUACGUUAUGCUGAGCAUCGAGGAGGUGCGGCACAACUGGUUGUCGCUGCUCAAGGCACUCCCUCGCGGCGACCCGUACGUGGCGCGAGUUCCGCAGGCCGAGCGGGAGCUGUCCGAGGCCCUGCGCGGGAUCCGCGUGGAGCACCGCAAGUUCAAGCCGUCCGUCGUGGCGCAGGCCUACGUGCAACAGCUGCAGAAACUGACCCUGGCAUUGCAUAGGCACAUCUGGCAGGAGGGUCUCCCAAAGGAGUGGCCCGACCGGCUCUCGGACCACCAGCUGGGCGUGGAGCCUGAGGCGGGGCCCCUCAUGCUCUCCCCGACAGGCCAGUUCCUUGCACCGGCCUCCUGCCCACCCUCCCUGCUGGUGGGCUUCCUGACGGAGCACCUGGGCGCCGCCGGGCAGCGCCGCCGGCUGUACUGCAGCCAACGCCGCCUGGAGACGCGCCUCCAUGCCACCUGCCUCCAGGCGCUGGCCCUGGAGUCGCUCUCCAAGGAGGACGACGUGACGCCUGACCGCAUGGUGGUCUGCUGCGAGGGCCUGCUGCGGGAGGCACCCGCCCUCGAGCCCCUGCUGAGCGGCUGCCGUGUCCAUGUGUCCCACUACUUCUCUGUGAUGCAGGACGGACUCCUCUGUGUGCCCUGGGACUGGCACGGAGCUCCCUGAGCUCCGGCCUAGGACUGCUUUUUAGGAGAGUUUAAUUAUUGCCGACGCGUCGGAGCCUCGCGUUAAUUGCGGGCGGUCCAAGCUCCAACCUAGGACAGUUUUUAUGACAAUCGCUAGCGCGCGAGUUUUGCUUCGGCGUGGACCACAUCAGAAUAAACCAGUCGAUUGAUUGUUUUUAUUUCAGCAAAUGUAUGUUACAGGUAAUGUGAAAACCGUUUGGGCCCGUAGCUAUUUAGGCUAGUUUGGGCCAAUUUUAGUAAUACUGUAUAUUGGGAUGAUGGUCACUGAGACGAAAACGCUAAAAAUACGCAGAUAUUUAUGAAAUGACGGGGUUAAGCAAGUAGUUAUACGACGUAAAAAAAGGGCACACAAGAAAUAACCACGCUUGCUCUCGUAUCAGUUGGACUAAGACGAGCCGGUACUAGUCGUCUCAAAGCCAUGCUGGUUCUGCUGACCCGAGCCCUGGCUCAAACUCCCGGGGUUUCUGUAUUAUCUAGACUAGGUUGUUUUAAGGCUUUGCACGUUAGGCUUGUGAGAUUAUUUGUGGUGUGGUUGCAUGGGUGUAUUUUCCCUGUUACUCACCUUAGUUCUUGAGGCAUCUGGAAGAAUUGAUUCCUCUUUGGUCUGCGAAUGAGAUGUUUAGAAAUCAUGAAGCCUCGAGGGGUAUGGGAAAGCUGUGGGGAGGAUAGUGUGGCUCCUGUGACUAGGUUGAUAGAUUUUUUAUACUGGUCACACCAAGCAGAGGGUUUAACUAGGAUUGAAUCUACAAUAACAAUCAGAAAUUUGUUUUCUUGUUUAAAGAGCUGGAAGCAGUUAUAUCAGCCUGUUGUUGUAGCACAGUUUUCAUGAGAAGUGUUAAUUGCAUGAAGCAACACUUUAAUUGAUUGAUGAAUGCGCAAAUAAAAUUACAAUUUUGACUUGUUCAA